AUGGGGAAUACAACGUCGAAUGAAAAUUCAGACCCUUCAAAGGCGUUGACCAAGGUCCCUAAACAUCUUCAGCCCAUCAAGAAGAAACCUACGCCAAAGAAAUCAUCAUCUAAUUCUGCACCGACACAACCAGGCAUUAUACCGAGAGUGAAAAAUACCCAUCAUCAUAGCCAUAACAAUCAUCACCAUGCCAAUCAUCGUAAUAACGCAUUAGAUAUAGCAAGGAAUGACAGCUCAACUUCUGAUUUACAAUUCAGGUGGACUCAAGGUAGACGAUUUCCUAAUAUUGAGAAUAUAGAAUAUUUCUUACCAAACGAUCAAACGGAACAAGAUAGACACAGAGUACAAUUUUAUGUUAUACGUUGGGCAUUUGGGAGUCGACAUAUUGUGCCUCCAGAAGUAAAGCCUAGACUAUUUGAAGGUAUUAGAGUACUUGAUGUCAAUUGUGGACCUGGCUUAUGGGUCGGCCAUCCAAUUCUAGACAUGGCGCAAGAUUUUGUAAGAUCAACGUUUAACCUUGUCGAUAUUUGUGAUUUAUUACCACAGCAACCUGUAUUCAAUGUGUAUACAAGAAAGCAAGAACCAGAACAAAAGCAUCCUAAUUUUACCUUUAUUUUACAUAAUAUUUUACAGACUAAGAAACUUCCUUUUGAUUCGAAUCACUUUGACUAUGCCCAACAACACAUCACUGCCCUUACAUAUAAACAUCAGGAUUGGCAUAUCAUCUUACAGGAACUAUCGCGUGUAGUCAAGCCAGGUGGAUACAUUCAAUUAAUUGAAGUAGAUCUCAUGCCUCAACAUUUAGGUCCACAAGGUGAAUUAUGGCUGGAACAAAUUCAUCAAGUACUUAUAGAAAAACGUAACACAGAACCAAGAUUAGCUUGUCAAUUAGAAAAAUCAUUACUCGACCUCGGUUUAAUCGACGUCCAAUCGAAAUUUGUCUCAAUUCCGCUUGGGUCAUGGGGACUAGACCUUGGCAAUUUAUGGAAACAAAACUUUGAAUCCUUUUUUGAUUCUGCCAAACCAUUCUUGACUGAACUGAUGGGAAUUAGUGGACGUGAAUAUAAACGAAAGGUACAGGCAAUGAUGGAUGAAUUUAAUGAAUAUAAACCAUUCAGUAACGUCUAUCUUGCCUGGGGACGCGUACCAGAUGAACAGCAAUAA